CGACCUCAAAAAGCUAGCUUCGAUCUCUUUCCGGAAAACUCUCGCUUCUGUAACACCCGAGGUGUAAUUCUGUCCUCCGCCGUCGUAAAUCCGUCUGUAAAGCAAUCGUAAGGUAGGGGCAAGUCUCGAGUGGUCUAACACUAUCAUCACAUGCAAAAAGGUUACGUGUUUGGGGGCACCUGUAAAUCCGCAAAUAUUUGAACGUAUACAAAGACUGUCUGGCAACCGACCACACUCCCAAGACAAAGAAGAGCUGUAAAGAGAAUGGCGCGAGCGUCGUCCCGAAGAGCGUUGUUUCUCUGUUUAUUGGUUCUGCUGCAAGAGUUUGGUCCCGCACACUUUGCCAAACUCGCGCCGAAUGGCUUCCUCAGCGACCGGGAAUUCUUGGAGAGCGAGGAUAUGGCUAAUGACCAAGAAACUGGAAGCAACCUUGUGCCACAAUCCCCAAUAAUUCAGUCGUCUGCAAAGAAAAGCUGGAUCAAGAGAGCCUAUACAGUCGUGAAGAACGGAGCGAAGUUUUCCAAUACCGCUGCUUCUCUUGGUAGCACGGCGUUCGCUAUCUAUCAAGCCAUAGAAGGCUGUUGUGGUCGUUUGCCAGAAGCCUGCGAAUAUCGCAACGAGUUUACUAACCUGAAAACUCAAGUUGAAGAGAAAAGCGCCCUGGCAGACAACUUACAGCUGGAAGCUAAAAAUCUUCAAGUCUGGGUCGAAAAAAACAUCGAUAAGUACUCUGAAUUGUACGACGAAUUGAUGGAUAUUAACAGAGAGCAGGAUCUCUACUUGGAAAGCAUGGAUCCCAAAAUCGAAACUACAUUGAACUCCGAAGAGAAGAAUAUCAUGGAUGCCAUCAAGGCAAAGAACAAUACCAGGGACGAACUGGACUACCUUGAAGUAUCCGACAUGUAUGAAUCAGCCAUUGACAACGCCAUAAAUAUAGGUUUCCCCCUCUUAGGUCUGUUAGUCAGCGGUGGAGUACAAGUCUACAAAUUUGCCAAGAGAAAUAGAGCUCAGAAGGAGGUUUUCAAGCUCGAGAGAAAGAAUGCAAUCCGACUCAAGACAUCUCCCACCGCUCGAAUUGCAAAACAGAAAACAAGCUUGAUCACAAGUUUCACAACCAAGUACAGCAAGCUAAAGAACAGACUGAAUACCAAGUUCGCCAGGUCGAUAAGAAUCGUAAGGGGUAUAAGCUCAGCGUUUACGCUUGCACUAAACCUCUUUACCACAGGGAUGAGCGUUUACUCCGUCAUUGCUAGCCUUAAGGAAUGCGAACAAAGACGAGAUAAUGCAAAGGAAGCGAGGGACACUACGGCAAAAGCUCUAGCGAACAUUGAUGAAGCCAUUAAGAACAUCACUACUUCAAAGGAGAUCAUGUACUCGGCUUUUGAAGAAGUACGAGAGAACCUGGUCGCGGAAAACCUGAUGAAGUUGUUAGGAGACAUCAAGCAAGUAGUGGAUAAUACUGAUCCAACACCUGAACUGAUUGAAGCCGCCAAUGGAAUCGAGAACUACAGAUUAAAUAUGCCAUCGGAUAUCUCCCCAAACCAGACGUAUGAUCACCAAAUAAACUUGAUCAUAAGUUUAAGGCAGAUCCCUUUUACUCUCAGCUGUUACACACAAAAGGUGAAGAUGCUUACUUCUAUUCUAAAUGGUUGUCGAGAUGGAACAAAAUCAUUUGAUGACCUCUACUCUGAUGCUAACGAAUUGCAUGGAAGCGACGCAAGAGAAUGCGAGAGAAAAAUCGGCGCUUUCUACGUUACCAAAGAAACCUUGAAGACAGAACUUGAGAGCGUAAUGAAGAAAGAAAAUCUAAGCCCCGUUUGUAGGGUGAACAAUCCGACGACGAAAAGCUUAGCAUGCCUCAAAAAGAAUAAUGGUAAAACUGCAGAAGAUAUCGCCGCAGAAAUGGGGAUUGACAAGGAUGUCAUCGUACCACUACUCGAAGACUGUCCGGAGGAGGGUUUGAAUCCAAAUCAGGUGGACCAAGUGUGUAGAUUAAGGCCGUUUUUUGACAACAAUGAAGUAGCGAGAAUACUCGGGUUUGACCUUGCUAAAGUGGAGGAAGUGGUCUGUCCUUCAGGCGACAAACCCAAGGGCAAGAAUACCACUCCAGAUACAAAAGAAUGAAUCCAUCUAAAGUUAGAACCUGCUAGAAAUUAGACGGCUGAAUUGUUGAAUGGAAAAUGUUAAAUAUCAGUAAACAACUUGAAAACAG